UGUGAGCAUCAUGUUGUCCUUGGCUGUCCUGGCGCGGUAGGUUUGUAUUCAAUCAACCGGGAUUCGUAAUGUCUGUCGAUCCCGCAUCUACCCCUUCAAAGAAACGAAGGCAUGAAGACGAAGUAGGCCUAGCCAUACAAAGUGGAGUGCAGGAUUUGAACAAAAGAAGAAAUAACUAUUUAAGCUGGGAUGAUUAUUUCAUGGCUGUAGCAUUCCUCUCUGCACAGCGCAGCAAAGAUCCUAGUUCACAGGUUGGUGCUUGUAUAGUAAAUGACAAAAAUAGAAUUGUUGGCAUCGGUUACAACGGCAUGCCUACAGGAUGUAGUGAUCAUGAACUGCCUUGGAGGAGGAAAGCUGAUAAUUGGCUGGACACAAAAUAUCCAUACGUUUGCCAUGCGGAAGUCAAUGCUGUUAUGAACAAGAUUUCUGCAGAUCUGAAGGGAUGCAGGAUGUACGUAGCGUUGUUUCCAUGUAACGAAUGUGCAAAAAUUAUUAUCCAGGCUGGUAUCAAAUCCGUCAUUUAUAUGUCGGAUAAAUACCACGAUGAUGAUAAAAUGAAAGCCUCACGAAGGCUAAUGGACAUGGCUGGUGUGGAAUUCAGGCAUUUCAAACCAACAAACUCCGAAAUUGUGAUCGAUUUCAACUCCAUUGACCCUAAAACAGGCAGGAGCCUAGAUGAAAUGACCAUGGAAUCUGCUACCAAGCAAGUUUUGGAAAACAAUUCACCAAGCAUUCCAACAUAAGGCGACACUUUUUUUAUAGAAUGUUUAGCAAACCCACUGCCUGCUAAUAAUAGGGAUUUUGAAUAAAAAAGUAGAAUUUUAUUUUUUGGACAAUUGGUGCAUCCACUGCCACGAAGAAAUGAAAAUUCAGAAAAAAAUAAAAGUUUUUCUUUACUUUUAUUACACCUGCCGCUACUUUGAAAUCUCCAAAAAUAAGAUGUAUAUUUCUUCCUAGUUAUAUAUAUUUAAAGCAUUUAACCAUCCCAUUACCAAUAAAAUUAUUUUUUUAUUUUCUCCUCCAUCUGGAUGUUUUUGGUAAAACUAUUUGCUAAAUAAAAACCAAAAUAUUAUUUUUAUUUUUAUUCCACCCUUCUCUGGCGAUCUAUAAAAAACUUAAGUUCGCAAAACAAGGUAUAACAAAGUCACCUAACCAUUCAUAAGUGAAGAUCCUAUGAUGUAUUUUCACUGGAGGUGGUUUACUUAAUUUACUUUAAUUUACUUGAGGUACCUGUCAUGUACUAUAAAUCAAGUCAAGUUUUGGUGUUGCCAUUCAUUUUUUGUAUAACAUUAAUAUUUCACAGGGUGCUCGCUUAAAUUACAAAAUUACAAGUUUUGGAGGGACUACCGUUUUUGCUGCUUACUAAUGUUGGUAGGAGUAUUGUAUGUUGUUAUGCAAGGUAUAAACCAAAAAUAUAGUUAAUUCUAGAAGUUCAAAGGGUGCUCGCUUAAAUUACAAAAUUACAAGUUUUGGACGGACUACCGUUUUUGCUGCUUACUAAUGUUGGUAGGAGUAUUGUAUGUUGUUAUGCAAGGUAUAAACCAAAAAUAUAGUUAAUUCUUGAAGUCAUCAAUUAUUUAUACAAACGGGAAAAAAAUUCAAUAUUAUUUUGAAUAAAAAAUAUAUGUUUAAAAUUUG